AUGUGGCUAGUAUCCAUCCUCAAACUUGUUCUCACGACUGCGUAUUUGCGCACGAUCUUGGCCAUCGAGGUGCCCACUUCACUCAUCCCGAAAGCAAGCACUGAGCUGGACAGCAUUCUGCGCGCUGCUCACAUCGAACUUCCUUCACUCAACCAUGACGCUCUCGUGCAAGAUUCGGCCAAAUCGCUCGUCGUUGCUGCUCAAAAGGGACGGAUUGCGAUCGCCGAGCAUGUCAUCAAUACUGGAUCUAGAAACGACGCCGAGUCUGCUUUGGCUAGAUCAAGUGCGCUACAGGAUUCUUGGAUGGACCGUGUGGCAUCUCAUCUCACCACGCAGCUUGAUAACAUGGAGACAGUGGGAAAGAUGGAGUGGAAGCUACAUCGCGGUUUCAGGGAAGGAGUGCUCGAGACGAAAGCUGACGACUUUACCGCACGAGCCUUGCGGCCCGAAAAGCUGGCCCCGAUCGAGAAUGAGCUCAGCAAACAUGCGACAAUGCAAGAAAGGGUGCGACACCUGUGGGCUCGCAUCAGAGCGAUGCUACGAGAUGCCGAUCCAAUCUCAGCGCUCAGACGAUGGAGGAUCCGGAGUCUACUAAAGGAGCUCUCGACUCCGCCCAAACCUUCUGCCUUACCACCGCUGUCCUUGCAUACUUCACCGCAGCCUUCUGUUGCAACUCCGUGGGACAUGGAUCAACUCAGGGCAAGGCUGUCCUCCAUCACAGCUCUCAAAAGUGUACAAUCGCAGAUGGCCGCGGCUGAAGCUAAAGACGCCUUUGCAACCGCCCUGAUCGAGAAAGCACCAGUCGUCCAAUCAAGCAUCGUACUGCACAAGGCGCCGGUCAGAAAGGUGUUGCUGCCAAGCAAGAUGAUCUACAAGCCUUUGCCCGGCGCAGAUGGAACCAGAGCAGAACGAAAGUGGAUCCAUACAUAUCGCAGAAUGGGUCCAUCGUCCGAUUGGAGUGAUGUAUUAAUUCCUGGCGUUGCCCGAUAA